AUUUUCUACAAAAGAAGCAGCCACCCAUGCCAUUGUUGCCGUUCACAAUUCUGAAAUUAACUCGCAACCAGUCAAAUGUGCGUGGGGCAAGGAAAGUGGUGACCCAAACAAUGUUCCAUCUAUUGCCAGCCAAGCUUUAAGUCAAGCAGGUUUCCCAUUUGGAACAGCGGCAGCUGCAGCAGCUUAUGGCCAGCAAGUGGCUGGCUAUUGGUAUCCCUCUGCACCAACAUAUCCAGCAGCAGCCCCAGCUCCAACAAAUGCCUUGCAAGCGGGACAAUUCUUGCAAGGAAUGCAGGGUUAUGCCUACAGUCAAUUUGCCGGCUAUCAGCAAGGAUAUAUGGGAAUGGGAGUGCAAAUACCUGGAGCCUGGCAAAGCGUACCCCCUCAAGCGCAAAUACCAGGUGCAACAGCACCACAAAUAGCACAAGGAGUUGGCAGUGCUCUGCCGCAGGCAACUGGUGUUGUCGCAUACCCUAUGCAACAGUUCCAGGUUAGCCCUCAGGUGAGUUGUAUACUUUAUAGUAUAGAAAAGUAUUUGUAUAUCUGUAUAUUGUCAUUGUUGUUGUUGUUGCUGUUUUUGAAUGAGUGCGAGAGUUUUCAUCGUUUGCAAGAGGUGCAACAGAUAAAUAAAAACAAGGACUAUAAAAGUCGUUCCUUCUUCUGCCAAGGAGUUUAUCAUUUUGUUCCUUAUUCUU